GACGAACAUCAUCUUCUUCGAGUCUAUCCCACCCCUUCCCUGCAACAACGGCCCCGCCCCCGCUGCAACCCCACCUCCCCCGCCUCUACUCAUGCUUCCUUCCGCCCUGCCCUCUUCCGCGCCUGACCCCUGCUUCCUCACUGCAAUCCCCCAAUCGAACCAGAAGCCCUCUAUGCAACAGUGAAGGUCUGUCUUUGCAAAUCGGGACAAAAAAUUCCGUUUUUUGGCCUCCCAUUGAAGUCGCUGCUCAUAGAAAUCCCAUCCCAGCUGGUGGAACAAAAAUGGCACCAGUACAGUAUUGUACAUCAUCAUAAAAAAUUUGGUAUGAAGUGAAAUAGGAAAUCAAAGGCCUUUUUGACAUGGCCACCGUCAUCCAUUCUACUUUCCUUCCCUCCAUUUCCCAAUCUUAUCUUGUCAUUUCAUUACCCCCUAAGCCUCUCCACCGUCACCAAGCCCUUCCAUCAAUCCAUUGCUUGUCCCUCACUAAGCCUAAACCAAUUGGAAUUCCCUUCUCAACCUCUUCUAUGAAAUUUCUCUUAAAAUCACAUACCACUCCCCCAAAACUGCAGCAGCAGAAACAACAACAACAACAACAACAACAACAACAACAGCUCCAUCCUCAUUACUCAUCUCCAGAGGUUCUUGGCAAUUCUCUUUUAUCUGAUGACACUUUUUCCCUGUCUGCUAGUUGGCGCCAUCUUCUCCGCUUCUCAAUUGAUAAUAGCGAUUUUGACCUUGCAAAGGCCAUCCAUGCUUCAAUUGCCAAGGUUGAAGAAGAUACACAUCUUGCCAAUAGUCUCAUUGUAGCUUACCUCAGGCUUGGCAAUGUAAACGAUGCUCACAAGAUCUUUGCCUGCUUAUCAUCACCUGAUGUCGCCUCUUAUGCAGCUCUUAUCUCUGCUUAUGCGAAAUCAAAUCGGGAAGGUAAAGCCAUAGAGUUGUUCUUUAUGAUGAGGGAUUCAGGAAUUGAACCCAAUGAGUAUAGUUUUGUUGCGAUCUUAACUGCAUGCAUUCGCCUGUCUGAUUUACAGUUGGGUUCUCAAAUCCACUCUUUGGCAAUCAAAACUGGUUACUAUUACUGCAUUUAUGUUUCCAAUGCACUGAUGGGGAUGUAUCUGGAAUCUAACUCCAGUGACCAUUCCAAUCAAUUGUUUGGUGAAAUGGCUCAAAGGGAUGUGGCAUCAUGGAAUACUGUAAUGUCAGGUGCAGUGAAGAAGUUGCAAUACGAAAGAGUUUUCGAGCUCUUUCAUAACAUGCAACAGAUUGAUGGACUUAGUGUUGAUAAGUUCACACUUUCGAUUCUCUUGGAUGCAUCCAAAGGAAGCUUUGCUUGGAUGAAAGGCCGUGAAAUUCAUGCAUAUGCUCUUAAGUGUGGGUUUGGAUCUAAUGUGAGUGUGAAUAAUGCACUGAUUGGGUUCUAUACUAAAUGUGGGAGCAUUGAAGACGUGGUGGCUAUAUUUGAGAGAAUGCCGAUAAAGGAUGUUAUAAGUUGGACAGAAAUGCUUAAUGCCUAUAUGGAGUUUGGGUUGGUGGAAACUGCUGUUCAGAUCUUCGAUCAGAUAUGGGAUCCGAAUUCUAUCUCAUAUAAUGCUCUCUUGGCAGGGUAUUGUCGGAAUGGUGAAGGUUCACGUGCAUUGGAGUUGUUUCAAGAAAUGUUGGAAGAAGGCAUGGAACUAUCAAAUUUCACUUUGACCAGUGUUGUUAAUGCUUGUGCAUUACUCUCAGAAGUAGCAGCUAGCAAGCAGAUACAUGGGUUCAUGCUGAAGGCCGGUUUUGGGUCGAAUCAUUUGAUUGAAGCAGCAUUGCUGGAUAUGUGCACGAAAUGUGGAAGAAUGGAUGAUGCUCAGAAGAUAUUUAGUCAGUGGUCGAAUCGCCAACAUUAUUCAAUUGUAUGGACAUCAAUGAUUCGUGGAUAUGCUCGCAAUGGGAAGCUCAAUGAGACUUUAUCUCUCUUCUCUAUGAUGCAAGUAGGAGAUAUUAUCUUGGAUGAAGUUGCAUCCACAGCAGUACUUGGUGUUUGUGGUAUGUUAGGGUUUCAUGAAUUGGGUAAGCAACUUCAGUCAUAUGUCCUAAAAUCUGGUUUUAUUUCUGAUUUGGGGGUGAGUAAUGCUAUUGUUAGCAUGUAUGCGAAGUGUGCAAAUAUGGAGGAUGCAAGUAAGUCUUUUAGUCUCAUGCCCAAACAUGAUACAAUUUCAUGGAACUGUUUGAUUGGUGGUCAUCUUCUUCAUAGGCAAGGCAAUAAAUCACUAGCUGCCUGGUCAAAGAUGCAGGAGAUGGGUAUAAAGCCAGACUCCAUCACAUUAGUUUUGAUUAUUUCAGCUUACAGGCAUACCAGCACAAAUUUGGUCGAUGCUUGUCAUAGUUUGCUGUUCUCCAUGAGAAGUCUUUAUGGCAUUGAGCCUACUUCAGCACAUUAUGCUUCUAUGGUUGGUGUUUUUGGUUAUUGGCGUUACUUAAAAGAAGCCGAAGAAUUAAUUAGUAAUAUGCCUUUUGAGCCUGAUGGUUCUGUGUGGAGAGCCUUACUUGACAGUAGUAGGUUGAGGUCAAAUACAAUUCUAGGAAAAUGGGCCGCAAAGCAUCUUCUUGCCAUGGACCUGCAAGAUCCAUCAAUGUAUAUACUGGUUGCAAAUCUGUAUUCUGCAUCAGGAAGAUGGCAUUGUUCUGAAAGGAUAAGGGAGGAGAUGAGAGAGAAGGGGUUGCGGAAGCACCCUGGUCAAAGUUGGAUCAUUCAUCAAAACAGGGUUCAUUCGUUCUUUAUGAGAGAGAAAUCCCACUUCCACACCAAAGAUAUCUAUAGUGGAUUGGACAUACUGAUCUUGGAAUGCAUGAAGGCUGGAUAUGUGCCUGAUACUAGCUUUGUUCUUCACGAAGUGGAAGAGAAUCAAAAGAAGGAUUUUCUGUUCUAUCACAGUGCCAAGCUGGCUGUGACAUUUGGGCUUCUAAUGACUGGGCAUGGAAAACCAGUACGUGUUAUGAAGAAUAUCCAUCUUUGUGGGGACUGCCAUACAUUUUUAAAGUAUGUUUCAAUUGUUACAAAGAGAGAGGUGUCUCUUAGGGAUGCUUCAGGUUUUCACAAUUUUAGGGAUGGUGAAUGCUCGUGCGGUGAUUAUUGGUGAGCAUGGUGGAACCAAUUGCCUAGAUUGUGCAACAACAAUUUGAAAUACUGGUUUUAAUCCAUCAUCUUUGAUGUUCAGAAAUGUUCUUAAUAUUUUUGGGGUGCUGUCAUAACACUCCAUUUUUGUUCUUGACAAGGCAUUAUCAAGUGACACUUAGAAGCUUUGUUUUUAAGGAUGAAAACGACAUGUACUUUUAGCAAACCAAUCUGCUCUACUGAGAAGAAACUCCUGAUUCAUUGAGUGACCACUUGUGUGUCUGUCUGCUAAUUUGUUCCUGUGAAAAAAGCCUGCUCCUAAAGUCUGUCACCAAACAACAGACCAGGUUGAAGAAAAGGGAAUUCUAAUGGCUCAUAGAUGGAAGUUUGGAUGAAUGAGGCACAUUAAACCAUUUACUAGUUCUGCUCAACUGUAUGAUUCUUUGUCUGAACCCAGUUUCUCAAAGCCUGCUCAACUGUAUGGUUCUUUGGGUCAAUUUUGUACAAUUUUGAAUGUUCAGAUUUGAGGGUAUUUCCCACUACGGAGGAGAUGAAGCAAAAUACCACACUUCCUUUCCAUGCCUGGACAAUUGCUCGUAGAGGAGUCAACAAAAGGGUAACUAGUAUAGUGCUUGAGUAUCUUGGACAACAUAGCCGUGAUACUUUGCUCUUCAACCACUAUGAGAUUUGGUUUGAGUUCAGAUGAUCUAAGGUUUUAGCAGUCAUCCAUUCGUUGCCAGAUUCAGAUUCAGUUUGUGAUUCACUCUGAAGGAUGCUGAAUGUAGCUUUAUGUGCUUGUGUUUCCCUCCACCCUUCCAUGACAUUUUUGGGCCAUUGAAGCUAGAAGUUGCUGAAUAUGCCAUUGGAUCAGGUAUUUAUUUGCAAAGAAGUUGGGACUUAGUCUUGUAAUUAUGGGGAUUUUGCAUCUGUAACUCUACUGUCGAGGCUACUCCCUAUUCUUUGAAGCGUCCUGCCUGCGCUUCAUGUUUGUCUUAAAGGGCAACUACACCGUUCAUUGUAUGCCAUUUCUUUUGAGUUGUUAACAAGCUUUGGUUUCAAAGGGGCUUAAGGGACUUUUGAGGUUAGUCACUGAAUGCUGGAUCAAACAAUAUGCACCCUAAACCAUGAGGUUGAGUUAUCAACCAAACCUUAGGGAUGAAUCAUGAAGGAUGAGGAAUUGGUUAACCACUUAUUCCUACCAGGAAUUUGCUAGAAUUGUGUGCCUAGGCAUCGCUUCUGGAGUUGAUUCUCUUUUCUUGCACCAUGUAUUUCGCAUGGCUUGGAAAUUCUCAUCUUUAUCGCUUAUUGUCUUUCAAUUUUUGAAUGAACAGUUAUAUUUAUUAGACACCAUCUUUUUAUUUACUUUAUGAAAAUACAAUCAUAAGCCGGAGUGGCAUUUAUGUAAAAACUUUGUAGUUUCAUAAGCCAUAAUGGCAUUUCUGUAAAUACCAUGUAAUUUCAUAAACCAUAAUUGCAUUUCUGUAAUUACUAUGUAGUAUGAUAAACCAUAAUGGCAUUUUCGCAA